UGGUGGGUGACCCCCCGCUCUCGACCGAGGUUAACCCACCGUUCCGAAGAUCGACGGAGGCAAUCGCACUACGGUUCUCGAUCUCUGGCCGUGACUUUUGCCUUCUCUUCCCGUGUCUUUUGCCUUCUCUUCCAACAGCGACCGACCGACCUUUCCCUCCUCUCCUUUCUAAUCCACCGCCCCUUCACACCUUUCUUCGUCAGAUAUCGUCAUCGUCCGGAACAAGGGAAUUGGGUUCGAUAUAACCCACUACCACCGCCCCGCAACUCGCUUCUCUUCCACCCACUUUCCACACAUAUUCUAUUGAACGUGAACAAAUACAACACAUAAUGUCGGCCUCCGUCCUCUCGAGAAGCGCUCUUCGCGCCGCCGCCGCACGCACAUCCUUCCCCGCUGCGACCCGGGGCCUCGCCUCCGUGGCGACUUCGCAGGCACCCCCCUCCACCCCCGAGUCCAAGGCCCCCCGCAUGAAGAAGUUCCAGGUCUACCGCUGGAACCCUGAUCAGCCCGAGAAGAAGCCGUACAUGCAGGAGUACGAGCUGGAUCUCAAUCAGACCGGACCCAUGGUGCUCGAUGCGCUCAUCCGCAUGAAGAACGAAAUGGACCCUACCUUGACCUUCAGACGAAGCUGCAGAGAGGGUAUUUGUGGAAGUUGCGCGAUGAACAUUGGAGGAACCAACACAUUGGCUUGCUUGUGCCGUAUCGAAUCCGACACUACCACCGCCACCAAGAUCUACCCGCUCCCGCACACGUACGUGGUGAAGGACCUCGUGCCCGAUCUCACGCAAUUCUACAAGCAGUACAAGUCGAUCAAGCCGUAUCUGCAGCGCAAGGAUGCUCCCACACCGAUGAAGGAGAACAUCCAGAGCAUCGCCGACCGCAAGAAGCUCGACGGAAUGUACGAGUGCAUUCUGUGCGCGUGCUGCUCGACUUCGUGUCCCUCCUACUGGUGGAACUCGAGCGAGUACCUCGGCCCCGCCGUCCUUAUGCAGAGCUACAGGUGGAUCGCGGACUCCCGUGAUCAGUUCACUGAGGAGCGGAAGGCCGCCCUCGACAAUGAGAUGUCCGUCUACCGGUGUCACACCAUCAUGAACUGUGCAAGGACUUGCCCCAAGGGCUUGAACCCAGGUUUGGCCAUCGCCAAGAUCAAGAAGGAGCUGGCUCUCGGCAGCUCAUAAGCGUAGCGUUUUCUUUUGGUCCACUAGGGGGGUUUCGGGAAGAAUGUUAUAGUACUGUUAAAAGAACGUGUUUUUGAGAG